AUGCCCAUCGUCGGAGAACAUGCAUUCUCACGGGCCAAGAACUACGCCUACCCUCAGGCCCUGAUCGACUGCGUCAACCAGGGAGACAACGUCACCUACAACAUCGACGCCAAUGACUUCGACUGCAGCUACUUUGGCUUCUGCAGUUGUCCGCGGAUGACUGCUGAGCCAGACAUCGCCGGUCGGGGUGUCAUCUUCGCCUUCGUCUUCACAGCCUUCGUGACCCUCCUCACAACAAUAUUCUGCCUCGUAAUAGGCCGCACGAACGAGGAGCGCCAGACCAUGAACCCGCUCGACCGCUUCUUCCGAAAACACGUCUCCGCCCCCGCGCGAAAUCUCAUGCACCGGCUACACAUGAACCCCGACCUGCAAGCCCUCGUCGCGUACGAUCUCGUCAACACGCUGAGCGACCUGCAGCUCGUCACCGGCAUGGCCAUCCUCGUCGCGGGGAUGAAGCAGCUCUUCGAGGGGACGAUAUCCACGUACCACUUCAUGAUCGUCACCGACCUCGCGUGGUUCUGCUCGAACACGCACCUCUUCUCGCUGCUCGUCAUCACGAGCAUGCGCGACAGCGUCAAGCGCACGCACCCGGAGCGCUACAACGAGCAGAACAUGGUCCUGCCGCGGCGGAUGGCAAGGGCGUUACGGAUCUUCUUCAUGGCGACCACGGUCGUGCUGCUGCUCUACGCGCUGUACGUCGGCGGGUACGCCGAGAUAUACGAGCCCGGCCAGUUCCGCUGUCCCAUGAAGUGCUCGCUCGGGCUACCCAAGGGCGGCGACCCGGCCAGCCUCAUGAUCGUCAACAUGGUGAUGAUGGGGUACUUCUACGGCGUCAGGAUCUUCAUGAGCUCGCGCACGGGGCGGAUAUUCUGGAUGGACCACGUGCGGAGCCGACUCAUCGACAAACAGACCCAGCAAUUCAACGUGCUGCAGCCCGAGGCGGUAUUUGCCGUGCGAUGGACGGAGAACACGGCGUGGCGGUGGUGCAAGGCGGCGUUCCGCGGGGUGUGGUACUUCUUCGCGUCCGAGGUCGAGACCAUCGUCGGGUUGAUGGCGUACUUCAGCUUCGGGAUCCAGGCCGUGGUCGACGACCGGCGUAUCGGGCACUCGGAGAUGGAGCAGGACGAGAAGGACGAGGAGAACAGCCUGAUGUUCAGCCAGCUGGUGCCCAUCUUCCUGCUGAUCAUCCCCUUCAUGGGGCUGUUUGAGUCGUACGCGCGACACUCGGUGGCGGACAGGGAACGGCGGUCGAAAGAGCUGGACGAGCUUGCCGCCUCGCUGGAGAUCAUGACCGCCCCCAACGCCGAGCACAUCGGCUCCCCCGUCCGCCGCGACCUGGCCUCCUGCAACUCCGUCGCCACGGCCGUCCUCCCGCGCAUCACCGACGCGGCCCCCACCCUUCCCGUCGACGUCGCCAACUACCUCGCCUUGUCGGCCUCCGUGACGGACCCCUGUUCCGAUCCGACCAUCACGGGCUCCAUCGGUUCCGCCUACUCGACCUACGCCAAGUCCUUCACCUCGUGGAAGGACGCGCACAUGAGCGACUUCCGCGCCGUCUGGCAGGCCUGCAGCGACGUCCAGGGCGUCGCGACCGUGUUGCCGCUGGGGACGGGCCAGUGCAGCUCGCUUGUUGCGGAGAUUACCAGCGCCGGGCCGGUCAACCCUGGCGGCGGCAGUGGAGGCGGACUUGGUAAUGGUAAUGGAAAUGGAGGCGGACGGUCUGGUAAUGCGGCCGGUCCGAGGGAGACGGGAGCUGUUAUGGCUGCUGCUGCGGUGGCUGGCUUUGUUGUUGCUGCUAUCAACUAA